UCUCACUCAUCCGCUCUCUCGCUCUCUCCUCCGGCGUCCCGCGCCGCUCUCCGUGUGCCCAGACUGCCGUGCUCGGCGCCCUCCCAGACACAAGAAUGGUGGACAUCGCUGCAGCGAGUUCAUGUCGAGUGUGCUUUGUUUGAGCCGGCGAGGACGCAAGGGACCAGGGGACAGUCUCGCGAGCAAUAGCCACCCCACAGAGACGAUCACCUCUCUCUGUACCUGGGUUGCUCUCUCUAUGUAUCUUGGUGUCUCGGAGUAUUCAUUCCUACGCACUCAGCAUUCGCUCUUGGUCGCGUGCUGAAAUGGCGUAGGGGAUCUCGAUGCCUGCUUUUGGCUGCCACUCAAGGCACCUCUCCCCCGGGAACUUGAUAGGCUGCAUGUGAACCCACACCAUGCUCCUGCUGCAGCCACCAACGAUCUGGUUACUGUGCUACUUCAUUUACCUCCGCCUAAAACUCGCACAGAGUCAAGAUGCUCAACUCUACGAGGAUUGUCGCCUCGAUCGUUCCGGACCCCCGGUAACCAUCGUGACCAUAGACGAGGAAAGCCCCGAUGGUACUGUCCUGGUGGACAGCAUGCACAUCAAGGGCAUAGCGUCUGGGCCUAGUCCUACCAUCAGCCUCGCGCUGCUGUUGAACGAAAACCAGUGGGUUCGCUUGGAUCCGGCCUUACAACGACUCUACCUCAACACCGCUGGCCGUAUUUUCGAUCGCGAUCCGCCAAUCAGCAUCCAGUCACUGACGGUGAUCGUCCAGUGCCAGAACCUGAACGUGGGGAGCACGAUCAACCACGAGGUUAAAAUCCUGGUGCGCGACAUCAACGACAAUCCGCCCAUCUUCCAGCAGCGGUCUUACAACAUGAGCGUCAACGAGCUGGCUCCUGUAGGUACCACAAUCUUCACCGGCUUUGCCACGCUUGGAGCAGUGGAUAUUGAUGAUGGAGCGAAUGGGCAAAUCGAGUACUCCAUCCUUUACAACCCCCGGGAUCCGCGCUCCAACAACACGUUUGAUAUUCCGCUGACACUCACUGGUGCUGUGAUCCUCCGCGAGAGACUCAACUAUGAGGACUUCCAGAAGUAUUCUGUCAUCGUCCAGGCCAGUGAUCGAUGUCCCAAUGUGGCGGAGCGGAAGAGCAGCACAACCACGCUGAGCAUCGAAGUUCUGGACGGAGACGAUCUGGGCCCGAUGUUCCUGCCGUGCAUUCCCAUCAGCGUGUCUCGCGACUGUCGGCCCGUCAAGUACUUUGCUGCCAUCCCGGAGCUCGCCAGGCCAACUCUGGUCAAUCCAAUUAAUGUCACACCACCAAUCGAAGCCAUCGAUCAAGACAGAAACAUCCAGCCUCCCACUGCCCGGCCUGGCAUCAUCUACUCCAUACUAAUCGGCGACCCUGGGAACUAUUCUGAUUACUUUUAUCUGAACGGGAAAACAGCUGAACUGCAACUAUUGCAGCCAGUAAACCGUGACAUGUUCCCGCAGUUUGAUCUUGUGCUGAAGGCUGAGCAGGAUAAUGGGCACCCACUGCCAGCCUACGCUGCGCUGCACAUUGAGAUCCUGAACGAGAACAACCAAGCUCCGUACUUUGAGAGGACCAUGUAUCAAGGCUACAUCCUCGAGUCUGCCUCCGUGGGCACUACCAUCUCUAGCACCCUCCAGCUGGACAGCCCUCUGAGCAUCGUGGCUCUGGACGCCGAUGUUAAAGAGACAAAGGACCCACAGCUGCAGGUGUCGCUACAAGGCGCCAGCGCCGUGUUCGGGGUGACAAGCUCCGGCAUCACGCGGUUCCUCAUCCUGCUGCAGCCGCUCGACAGGGAGACGCGUCAGCAGUACUCGUUCACGAUGAUGGCCUCGGACGGGGUUCUGCACAGCGGGCCGGCUAAUGUGACGAUCCUGGUGCUGGAUGCGAAUGAUAACACGCCGGUCUUCACUUCUCUCUCGUAUAUUGCCAACGCCUACUCCAAUAUGAUACCGGGUGACCCUGUCAUACAGCUCGUAGCAAGUGAUGCCGAUUCAGGCGUAAACGGAAAUGUGCACUAUCAGAUUCUGGCUGGAGACCAGGGCCAGUUCGUCAUCAACAAUGUCACGGGGCUCCUGAGCGUGGCGGGGCCCGGGGGCCUGCUCGUGGGACGCACCUUCACCCUGACGGUGCAGGCCAGUGACGGCGCCCCGCCUGCCGACAGAAGGAGCUCCAUUGCCACCGUGUACGUUGAGGUGCUACCCCCAAACAACCAAAGCCCUCCCAGCAUGCCCUUCAGCUUCUACAGCAUGGAGGUCAGCGAGGCCCUGAGUGCCGGUGCCUUCUUGCUCAGUGUGCAGGCCAUUGACCGUGAAAACGACCCGAUCGUCUACAGCAUCAAGAGCGGAAACCCAGACGGAGCGUUCUACCUCAACUCCAGCACUGGAAUUCUGUCCCUGUGGAAGUCUUUGGACCGUGAGACAAGGGACCAGUACCAGCUGAUCCUAACAGCAUCUGACGGACAUCCUAAUGGGACCUCAACAGCUACGGUAGCGGUGCUUGUUACGGAUGUCAAUGAUAAUGAUCCCACCUUCGAUCCUCUGAUGCCAACGAACUUCUCCGUAUACGAGGGAAGAACUGGUGUCUUUGUUGGGCAAGUCCGGGCAACCGAUAAAGAUGCAGGGAUGAAUGGUGAGGUGGUGUAUAGCCUGGACAACUAUGCGGCUGUGUUUGCGAUCAUGGCCAAUGGAAGCAUUUACACAAAGGUGGCCUUGGACCGAGAAAAACAGGAGACCUACAUGCUGACCGUAGUGGCCAGCGACCGUGCGCUGUACCCUCGUCACACCAACCUCCCGCUCGCCAUCUCUGUGCUGGACGUGAAUGACAACCCGCCCAUCUUCAGCCAGGGCGUCUAUAAUGUCACCGUGCCGGAGAAUGGCUCUCCGGGUCAGGUGGUGCUGCGUCUCGAGGCUUCAGAUGCAGAUAUGGAUGCAAGCACCAGAUACCAACUGCUAACUGCUGGGAUGAGUAAGCUCUUCUCUGUGGAUGAUAUCACGGGCCAGUUGGCUGUUCUCCAGUCCCUUGAUUAUGAGACAACACCAGGACAUAAAUACACGCUACUGGUCAAGGCUAUUGACGCGUAUAACAGCAACCUCACAUCCCUUGCAACGGUCUACGUCAACAUCAAGGACAUGAAUGACUUUGCCCCGAAUUUCACGAUGCUGGACCAGACGGGCCUGGUGGCUCCGGAUGCACAUCGAGGGACAUACAUCAUCUCUGUGCUCGCACAAGAUCCGGACCCUCCCUACGGCGGUAUAGGUGUGAUACAGUACGCAGUUGAUGAAGCCCAGUCCAGCGGGUCUGCUGACCUCUUCAUGGUGGAGGAGAACACUGGACGCAUCCUGACCAAAGUCAACCUCAAUGAGGACCCCAACACCAAUUUCAAGCUGGUUGUGCUGGCUCUCGAUGGAGGAGAUCCCGUUAUGACCAGUAGCACGACAGUCACCAUUACUGUGCUGCAGCCCUCUGUCAUCCCUCGCUUCACACAAGAGGAAUACAGGUCGGAGCCCAUCAGCGAAUAUGCUACUAUUGGAACACGUGUUGUCGUGGUGACAGCGUCGGCCAUUAACCAGACCAUCACCUACUCAAUCACCGCUGGCAACAAUGGGGACACAUUCAUUAUUGAGAGCAAGACCGGAGUGAUCAGAACGAACAAGCCACUUGACUUCGAGAGCACUCCGCAGUACCAGCUGGAGGUGCAGGCUGACUCGCUCCCCACCGGCCGCUCAGCCUUGCGCUCCACUUCUCGCUCAAACUCGGCAAUUGUGAUCGUGUACGUGAAGGAUGAAAAUGACAAUGCUCCCUUAUUCAACCAGACACUGUAUUUGGGAGGCGUUACAGAGGAGACCAGAACGUUUACAUCUGUCUUGCAAGUCAAGGCAGAUGACCGGGACAGCGGCAAUAACAGUAUGAUUGCCUACAAACUGCUGCUGCCAUCUUCAACCAACGAGGGCUUCAUCAUUGAGCCUCUGACUGGCAUCAUCAAAACUGCCAUGCUGUUUUAUAACAUGCGACGCAAGUACUACAGGUUCCAGGUGAUGGGGGUCGACAGAUACGGAGCUGGACUGAGUGGCACGUCUGAAGUGGUGAUCUCUGUUGUGAACGAGCUGGACAUGCAGGUGAUUGUCUCCGCCAUUCCACCGGCAGUCGUGGAAAACAACAAGGACCAGCUGAUGAAGAUCAUUGAGAGGUACAUCCAAGAUCAGAUUCCAGGGGCCAAGGUGGUGGUGGAUUCAAUCGGCCCGCGGCAGUACGGUGAAGGCUACCUGCAGGAGGACUACACCAACUCAGACGUGGCUGUCUAUGCCAUUGACCCAAUGACUAACCGUGCCAUCUCCAGCAAGGAACUCUUCAAAAUUUUGGACGGGAAACUUCUGGACAUCAACAAAGAGUUUCAGGCGUCUCUUGGGGCCGGAGCACGGGUGCAGGAGAUCCGCUCGCCGGCCGUGGUGCAGUCGGUGCAGAAGCAGGCCCAGGCUCUGGGCUACACGGAGGGCGCGCUCAUCGCACUCUCCGUCAUCAUCAUCAUUUGCUGCAUCCCGGCCAUCCUCAUCGUCAUCGUCACCUACAAGCAACGCCAAGCGGAAUGUGCCAAGAAUGCGCGCAUCCAGUCGGCUCUCCCUACCGGGAAGACGGCGCAGUCGCCGAUCGCUCAGCAGUACGACGAGGCCGGCGACAACACGGGGAACAUUGGAUAUGGUCAACAAGGGGAGCUCUCCAUGGAGUCCGGUAUUGAUCCUGGUCAAGAAUACUACCCACAUGAUUACUAUGGGUACGAGGCCACAGGGUACGGCGUGGCAGGGUUUGGUAGCCGUCGCCGGCUGAUUGCGGCGCCCCAGCGGAUGUUUAACGAGUACGGAGAACCCAUCGUGGAGGAUGAAGGCGACUAUUACUACGGGGAAGGUGGCGGUCUGGGUGACGAUGGAGAGCUUAUGCAUGAAGGUCACACGCAGGAAAAAGCUGUAGGUCAAAAAAAGAAAGGCAAGCAUAAGAAGCAAGUGUCGCCUGCAGCUGCAGAGGGCCUGCCAGAAACGGGGCACUCUGGUAGUGAGAGGCCCAGCUUAAGGCAGGAUCCCCAAAUGGAUGCGAGUGAAAUAGAAACUGGAGAUUCGAGCCCAUCUGCUGCUAUCGCUCAGGAUUACGAUGGAUUGCCAGCAUCACAGAUGUCAGCAAGACGUGGAAGAAUUUUACCAUCGAACAACAUCAGCCCAGAAAAUCAUGAUGUGGAAAAUCAGCCAAUAUUUAGCAAAAUAGGACCCGAUGAUUUUUCAGAUAAACAACCUAUUCUUCAAACUCAAAUGCAUUGGAAGAAAGCUAAACUAUUCCCCAUGUUUUUUAGAAAGAUAAAAGGUCAGGUCAGCAAACCUCAAGAACCCCAACAGAUUUCCAAUGGGCACUCUAGCAAGGCCAGUUCAUCUUCCGAACUUGUAUUAAUCAAUGGGAAUUAUUUCCAAAAAGCUCAAAACGGUUCAAAGCCAAAAACCUUUGGAAUAGGUGGUGUUUUAAAAAAAGUUUCUAAAGGCACUGGGAAGUAUUUAAAAAAGGGUUCUUCUAUAAGUGAUAAAAGUGUGAAAAGUGUGUCUGAUACGAGUGAGGGCAGCAUAAAAAAAUCAUUGUCAAGUCAGGGAUCAAUGUCGUCAACCAGAAGCAGAGAUCAUAUGAGUGCGGAGACGAGCAGCAACUUGUCUGAUCAGGGAAGCAGAUCGAGGGCUUCCAGUGUCUCAAACGCAUCGCUGAGAAGCAGGAGCCAGACCAUCAGUAGGACUGCCAGUGUGUUUUCUGAAGAAGGAAGCGAAUCUAACGCUACAACAAAAACCAACGAUAAUGAAUCUGAUGAUCUUUCAGUGCUCAGUGAAAUGUCUGAUAGAAGUGCCUUGUCUUCGAGGCCAAUGAAGUCUAUAUCAGGAAGUGUGUCCAGUAAAACAACUAGCACAAAGUCAAAAGUUAGCUUUGGUGACAGUGAUGUAACUGAAAAAGAGUAUGAUUACAGUCAGAGAAGCAGUUUGUCUGAACUGCCAGAAAGAGAUAACGUAUCAGCGGACAGUAUGUCAGACAGCGAGGAUAACGAAGAUUCUCAAAGCAGAUUUAGUUCAGAAAAUGGUCAAAAGGAGAGAAGCCAGCAUAGAGAAGAGUCUGAUUCUGAAGAUUUUGAGGAUGAGACACAGCAGAGUGAAAUGUGUUCAGUGGAUUAUACAUCUGAUGCAAGUACAGUAGCACAGAGCAAAAGGUCUGUAAUGAGCAGCAUACAUUUAAAUAGAUCAUUUAGCAGAGGAUUUUCAACAGACACUGAUGCAAUUUUGGAUGAUCAGGAAAGUUUACAACAAUCACACGAGGAUGAGAAUGAGGUUGCGGAUGUUGAUCGUGAGGGUAUGAAUGAUGGAUUUGAACAUCCUAGUGUCUCAGGAGAUGAAACAUCUAAAUCUCGAACCAGUGUUGAAACAACAGAAUUGGAGAAUGAAAAUUCUGAAUCGGAGCAUGCAGAUGAAAUGGGCUCCAGAAAUGCAAUGUCUAUCGGCGGCUCAGAAGACAUUACUUCUGUUGAUGGUUCAUCCAUAUAUAGGUCGUUAGCAGAGACAAGCGACAAUAUUUCAGUCCAUACCAGUGGAGCUUGUUCUACAAUGAGUGUCGUCGACUCUGAAGCUACCGUGGAGAGUAGCUCAGCUCAUACGGUUAGAACAAAUGAUUUCAAAAAUAUCAGCAGUGUUUCCUCCACUAGUGACUUUGCUAACAGGAGCUUGCCCAUGGCCAUUUCAGAAUCUAGUGAGGAAGAGACUCAAAUGAGCGAUGUCCUGAGUGUAGCUGACACACAACGUUUGCAGACAUCCAGCGGAGUCACAGAUGCCCGGACUUCUGGACAAACAGAUCAUGAAAGUUCUCAUCAGGAUAAAACAGAUUCCGAAAAUUUCCCUUCAACCGAAAUUGAAGAGACAGAGGGCAGUGAUGAAGAAGAAUCUUUCACAGGAGAUACGGAAAACCAAGUUGGCAGUUCACUUCCAGAGAGUGACUCCACUGUCACCAUGUUAUAAAGCAGCACGCUCAUCCUAGUCGCACUGGUAAACCCAUUGCUUAGCAUGGUCUGGCUGUGUUUGUUGGAAAUUCUCUUUUGUCAGAAUUAUAUCUGGUUCUUCAUUCCACCUCUUUCUCAAAUAAUGUUACAUGCAUGCGGCUCUACUAACAGGAACUAACGUUUGCGUUUUCUCGUCAUUAUAUUUCUACUAACUUGUUUGUGCUGUCAUAAUUUAAAAUAGAGAAUUGCUGAUAUGUUGAAUGUUUUACCAUUCAAUUUAUUACAAUAUAAACUAUCUUGUGCCUUUUUUGUGACCUCAUCAGUGGUUGAAGUGGAAUUCUACAAGUGUCAGUGUGAUUAAUAUGUUAAAUGUCCUCAAAAUACCAAUGUUGUUUUAUAUUAAAAUGUUCUGAGUUACUCAUAGAGUAACAUUUAUAUUCAGAUUUGUAUAAUUCGUUUCUAAUUUGGUUUGUUUAUGUUAAUGCAGGAGCACAAGGUUCAGCAUUGGGAAAGUAGCUCAACAGGAGAUGACGGUACCGUGGAGCGAGAAAGAUUUUAUAUCAGCACCAGUGAGUCCAGACAAUCGGGGCACGUUUAUAUCACCCAGAAUGGGACGGUUGUCCGAACUAAAUGGAAUUCACACACGUCGAAGGGGAAAAAUCCA